AUGUUGCUAAAGGAUCGAAAUCGAGAAUGUUAUCUAUCUAAUAAUUUGCCAAGGUUGUUGUCCAAUGAUUCGAAGGAGUUGGUACUAUCGUUACCAACAUUUGUCGACUUUUUGCCUCAUCUCUAUACUGUUCCAAACAGCGCAUUGCAUCCUGCAUUGAUUUAUCCGAGCAAUUUUUCAAGGAUGACAAAGACGGAUCUUGUUAUUGGCAUACCAACAGUUGCUCGGCUUAAUCAGUCUUACUUGAUACCGACACUGCAGUCGCUGAUCGGAGGAAUAGCAAGCAAUGAAAUUAAUAUGGUUACCAUUGUUGUUCUCAUUUCCGAUGACAAAGGUCCCAAUUCUUCAUUCGUGAAACAUCAAUGCACUUCAUUGCAAUCAGAAUUCCCUUUUGAGCUGAACUCAGGAUUGCUAACAGUUAUUGUACCGCCUAGUGUGUGGUAUUCUGAUUUAUAUUCUGUCACUCCUACUUUUGACGAUUCUCCAGAGCGAAUGUACUGGCGUACGAAACAGAAUCUAGAUUAUAUGUAUUUGAUGUUAUACUCUCAGCAACGAGGUGAAUAUUAUUUACAGCUAGAGGAUGACGUGCUCGCAAAAGCUGGGUUUGUCAGUCGCAUCAAAAAGUUUAUUGAUGGAAGAAUAACCGAUGAUUGGUUCAUGCUCGAGUUUUCAUCCUUAGGCUUCAUUGGGAAACUUUUUCGAACCUCCGAUCUCACAUUAUUACUACAGUUCAUUGCAAUGUUCCAUCGACAAAAACCAGUGGACUGGUUGUUAGAUCUGCUGUUUGUAAAUCGAUAUUGCCAUCCAGAGAAGUCAGCUAAGCACUGUGCUGAGAUUGCGAAGCAGCACCGAAUUCGUCAUCGACCUUCUCUUUUCCAGCAUAUCGGUAUUCAUUCUUCGUUGGCAGGGAAAGUACAGAAAUUACAGGAAAGAGAUUUUGGUAAAGCACAGCUUUAUAUACCACAUAGCAAUAAUCCUCCCGCUAAGAUCACCACAACGCUUAAAACCUAUAUGCUCUUUGAUAUUGAAAAUGCUUAUACCGGCAGCAAUUAUUAUUGGGCUUUUGCUCCAGUCGCUCAAGACUAUAUAUUAUUCGAAUUUUAUUCUGCUAUUACUCUAAUCGGUAUUGUUGUUCGUACUGGUAACCCCGAACAUCAGUAUGACAUAUUGAAUGAAAGUGCGGAAGUGCUGUUGAGGAAAGUGAAUGAGGACAACUUCACCUCCAUAGCGCGCUUCAAUGAACGUGGUACUGUACGGGUCGAUUUCACUGAGGGCAUCAGAGUGACUUCAUUGAAAAUCGAAAUUCAUGAAGGAAGCUCAAACUGGCUCAUCAUCAAUGAGAUGCAUAUUAUUGUAAAAUAA